AUUAAAAUGAAAGCUAUUGCUCUCCCAGCAGGGCUCCAGAUCGAUGUGUUCGGCACUCUCCAGAUCGAUGUGUUCGGCACUCUUCUCCUUCUAGUCCAGCCUUGUAGUCACGUGGGUGUUUAGUGUGUCAUGGCGGCGUGCAGUGCAGGUUCACGUGGUCUGUUCGGUGAAGCAGUCCGGGCCGUGUUGGGGAGCUGGCCGGUUCUGCAGGUGAUUAAUGUGCCCUCUUCCUGCAGGGUGUGAGUGACAUUUUAAGUUGUCAGUGCUUGGCAGCUGUGUGACUCUGCACCAUAUAUGGUGCUGUAUGUAGCCUGCAUGGUUUCAUAAAGCACACCCUGUGUUAUUGGACAUUUAGAUGCUGAAUUCAAUUAUUGAGGUGUUUAUAAGUUGCUGGGUAACUGUAUUACAUGGUGUUUGCUAAUAUAAAGUAUUGUCUAAAUAAAAUCUCCACUAGUGAAAGCAGCAAUUUUAUAACUUCCCAAUUUAUUCUUUACCAUUUUUUUUAAUUUUACUGCUUGGGAAUGAAAGGAAUAAUCCAGGCACUAUAACUACCGCAGCAUGCUGUAGUGGUUAUAGUGCCAUAAAUAGCCCUAAUAGGCCAAGUUGUAAGUUUAACAACUUACCUGGUGUGUGUUGGGUGCCAGUCGCAGCCUACUAUGCAUAUGGAAGCUCUGUGCAGUGACAAUUCAAAUCUCCCUACCGCAUAUCCUCAUAAAAUGAGCAGGGCCUCCUCUUUUACCUGUAAAUAUCUCCUGUCUAUAAUUGUAAAGCGCCGCGGAAUAUGUUGGAGCUAUAUAAAUAUUGAUAUGUAGUGAUUGUACAUCAAAGAACACUAAAAAAAAAAGUACAGAGCAAGCUUGCUUCAUGCCUUUGCUGCCCCUAUGCAAUAAUUUUUGGGUUGCUUUGCGCAUAGCAUCCGUUUGGCAGGAAUGCUUGUCAAUCCUAUGUAUGCGAGACUCACUGCUAAGUCUCUUUCCUUGAGAGGAAGCAAACAGACAUCCUAGUACUGUGUGUGAAGUGUGCACACUGCAUAUAUGAGUCUUCAAAGACAUAAUUUAAUGGACGCUAUAGGCACACAGACCACUUCAUUUCAAUGCAGUUGGCGGUAUGCCAUAUCCCUGCUUUAACCCUUUAACUGAACGCAUUGUCAUUCUCCAGUGUUUAUGUACCGGUGUUAAAAACACCUCUAGUGGCUGUCACAAGAAAUAAGAACUAUGUUUCCUUAUGUAUAACCUUCAAGUUGACAAAGGGUGGUACUUUAAUCAAGCUCCGUGGCCAUUGUAAACUUUGUAAUUUGCUCUAAUCACCUUCUACUAGCAGCACGGGCUAUCACUGACACUAUGUGCCCACUCUUGUGCAAUUGUAAGAGUCAAUGCAGGUCCAUUGGAAACCUUGGGUAUGGCAUGGCGGGACUAGCACAGCUUUGGAAAAGAUAAGUUGGACUGGUCGAGGGUCUGAAAAUGGUGUUGGUGACAGGGCUACAGGGGGACACAUUCAUUAAUGGUCAUGUAGAAGUGUCAUGGACAUGUGAGAAUUUGGUGGCCUGAACUUUGUGCACACUGACACAUAAUCCCAAUUCUCCUGUUUACAGAUCGCUGUGGAAAAUGGAUUUGGAGGUGCCCACAGCCAGGAAAAGGCAGAGUGGAUGGUGGGAGCAGUGCAUCAGUAUUUCCAGACUAAUUGUAAGUGACUAUGGUGAUUAACAUGUACAUUAAAAGUUAUUAUAGUUUCCGAAGGGAAGGCAGUCUGGAGUUGGCUUCUCAGGUUAAAAAAUAUUCAAAUGAUCCGUGAACUGUAGAAUCAUGCACUGACUUCAAUACAUUUGGAUAGUUUCAAAUACCGUAUAUACUCGAGUAUAAGCCGACCCGAAUAUAAGCCGAGGCCCCUAAUUUUACCACAAAAAAAUGGGAAAACUUAUUGACUCGAGUAUAAGCCUAGGGUGGGAAAUGCGGCAGCUACUGGUAAAUUUCUAAAUUAAAUUAGAGCCCAAUAAAAUUACAUUAAUUGAAUAUUUACAGUGUGUGUAUAGAAUGAAUGCAGAGUGUGUGUUUGUGUGUGUAUAGAAUGAAUGCAGAGUGUGUGUUUGUGUGUGUAUAGAAUGAAUGCAGAGUGUGUGUUGUGUGUGUGUAUAGAAUGAAUGCAGAGUGUGUGUUUGUGUGUGUAUAGAAUGAAUGCAGAGUGUGUGUUGUGUGUGUGUAUAGAAUGAAUGCAGAGUGUGUGUUUGUGUGUGUAUAGAAUGAAUGCAGUGUGUGUGUGUAUAGAAUGAAUGCAGAGUGUGUGUUUGUGUGUGUGUAUAGAAUGAAUGCAGAGUGUGUGUUUGUGUGUGUGUAUAGAAUGAAUGCAGUGUGUGUUUGUGCAGUGUGUGUAAACUGGAUGAGGGGAGGGCAUUUUUAUCUUAAUUUUUUUUUUGUAAAUAUAUUUUUAUUUGAUAUAAAGGUUGCCUCGUUCAAAUAUUCGAGGAGAAGAAGAUGAUGAACAUGCAAACAAAAAUUGGUGACGCGCAGGUCACAUUGUAACGUUGGAAACAGUGGUUUGUUGGACUCGCAGGUCCCAUGAGACAUAUUCAUUAGGUAGUAUUUUCACUUGGUGCGAUAUAUGAGGGUAUGGACCUACAGGUCCCCACAUACCUAGAGUUAGUGCCCGUGUCAAGAGGUUUCGGGUCGCGUCAUGUAUCAAUGCUUGUUUGUGUGCUCGUGCCAGCGGCACGCCUGUCCUUAGGUGGUAGGUAGAGUAACGGUAUAGUCGCCUUUGUGGCAAGUGCAGAGGCGAUUGUAUCUCGCAGGCUUCUGCGUGAUGCCGCCUUCUAAGAGGUCGGGGGAAACGUUGUCCAACUUGUGGUGUAGGAGUCGAAGUUAUAGUGAGUUUUCGUCGCAGUUCGUGCUAUCUUAAUUUUUUAAUUUUAUUAUAUUAUUUUAAUAUUAUAUUAUUAUAUUAUUUUAAUAUUAUAAUAUUUUAAUAAUAUUAUUAUUUUAAUAUUUGCAUUAUUGUCCCCCCCUCCCUGCUUGCUGCCUGGUCAGGGAGGGGGUACAAAAAACCAUUUAAAAAAAAAAAUAAUGCAAAUAUUAAAAUAAUAAUAUAAUAAUAAAAUAAUAUUAAAAUAAUAAUAUUAUUUUAUUAUUAUAUUAUUAUUAUUUUAAUAUUUGCAUUAUUUUUUUUAAAUGUUUUUUGUCCCCCCUCCCUGGCCAGGCAACAAGCAGGCAGGGGGGACAAAAACCCAUUAAAAUAAAUAAAUAAUGCAAAUAUUAAAAUAAUAUAAUAUUAAAAUAAUUAUUAUUUUAUUAUUAUAUUAUUAUUAUUUUAAUAUUUGCAUUAUUUUUUUUAAAUGUUUUUUUUUUUGUCCCCCCUCCCUGGCCAGACAACAAGCAGGCAGGGGGGACAAAAAACCAUUAAAAAAAAAAAAAAUAAUGCAAGAGGCAGAGCAUGAACGUGUACAGCACUGAUCCAGGAAGCACAUCUAGUGGCCGUCUGAGUGACUGCCACUGGAGGUGUCCCUAGGUAGUAAUGUAAACUCUGCCUUUCUUCUGAAAAGGCAGUAUUUACAUUAAAAAGCCGGCAGAGCUAAGUUUUAUUAUUCAAUUUGCUAAAUGUAUGUAGCUCUGCACAAUUUGUUGGCAUUGCAUCAAUGGUAGUAAUAAAACCUAAAACUUGUUAUAACAUGCUGCCAAUAUCUGCAGUCUUGAAUUAAAGAGCCACCUAUAAAUAGAAAGAAAAAAAAAAAAAGCUGGCAGAGACUGACUAUACACCCCCCCUAGAACAACUACCUUAAGCUGUAGUUGAAGUGGUGACUAUAGUGUCCCUUUAACAGAUACCCUACUGCAGGCACAUAAGACUUUAGAAUGUCCCAAUACUUAUAUUUUUAUAUUUAAUCUAAUCGUAACCCAUUUUUCUCUUGUUUAUCAUUAUUGAGUGGGUUACAUCUCAUCUUAUCACGAAUGCCGCUGUGCAUCUCUUAUGUUAGUAUGUUCUAAAUCAGAUGUUGAUGUGUGGCUUCGAAAUCUGUCAUCAUACUUACUAUAAUUCAGUAUGUGAGAUAAGACACGUAUGUUAAAGAAAACACAAUCUUUUUUUGAUAAACAUCCACACACAACCAAGUGCAUGAGUUAUGGACUAAGCAAAGAUUAGGAGGACGAAAACAUAAAAAAAAAAUCUUUAUUUUGUCAUGCAUGGAGAAUACAUGAUGCAAUCAAUGUCACAACAGCUGUUGCUAGCAUAUUUAUCAACAUUCAGAGACAAUUGUGGGCAUCCAGUAACACUGCACAUUUUAUAUUAUUUAAUUACAUUAUAGGAGAUAUAAUCAGGAAACAGCCAGUGAACCCUGUGUGGAUGUAGUAAGAGUGUUAGUUGCCAGUUUAGGUUAUGAUCACAAAGGUUUAUACCCCUUGCCCAGAGACUAUGUGAGUAUUUUAGUGGGGGCCAACCAUUAGCUGGCAGGGGAUGUGGGUGUAGUGAAAGAAUCUAGUUUGGCUACUCUGCAUUAAGAUGCGUUUAGCAUUUGUCGCUUAGUGUUAAAGCUUCUGCUUGUUGUGAGCUGCUUGUGGAAUAGCUGAAUAUUAGUCUAAUAAACUUUGCAAGGAAAGUAAAACAAAAAAACGAGGAAAUAAAAUAAAAAGAACAAAAAAACAAAGCAAUCUGUAACGGUAAUAGACAUGUUGAGUGAUAGUGGUGGAAUGGAAAGUCCCCUUGAGUAGGCCAGCCUCUGUUUCCUCAGGUGGGUGGUCUGACAGGUGAGGCUCUCUGGAUUGCUCUUGGAGUAAAUUCCCGAAUGGUGGCCGGUUACAGCCUGGACAGGUCUGUUCCAGUUGUCGGUGAGGCAUGCAGUAUGCCUGCGGUUUUUAGGUGUGAUUCCAGCUCCUGAGACCCCUGUGCUCUGCAGAAAGUCCCAUUGUGUGUAAACAAUAUAGCUCGUGGUGUCCCUCAUCUGUAGGGAAUCUCUGGCACGAAGGUGUUGCAGGAGAGGUUGCAGUGAUUUUACGCCAGAUUAGGCUGCUCUUUGUGAGGUCUGGGCAUACUGUUAGCAAGGAGCCCUCAAUGAGCAGGGGAGUUUUCCCUCUCAGAGCGGCCAGGAGUGAGGCUUUAUCCAAGAGAGCUUAGAAUCUAAGUAUGAGCUCUGCAGUUGCCAGUGCCCUAGCUGGCUAUGGUAGCCAGAACAUACCACCCAGCCUCAAAGAUUUCUCCUGCUUUUGUGGAAGCAAGACUCCAAAGAAGUAGUGGGGUAGGUCAGCGAUUUCAACCGACUCUUUGAUGCAGCCCCUUCAAUGGCUUCUUUGUAAUAGGCCAUAUCUGCUGCCAGGUCUUUGUGGAGCUCUGCAAGCAUCUUUUUAAGUUGGUCCUCAGUGACCUGGUCCCUGGCUUUCUGUGGUUCAAUUUUGCGGUCCGGCAUGAGCCAGAAGGAUUUUCCCUCCAAGAGGUCCGAGGCAAACUCCUCCGAAGGUGUAUGAUGAGAGGUAGUCUGCCAGCGCCAUUUUAGACCACGUGGCCUUCUGCGUGUUCUGCAACAUGUCUCCUAUAUCUAUAUCUGCCAUGGGAGCUUUUGUCAGCUUUUGCUCUUUUUGUUUUGCGGCCCAUGGUCUAUCCGCCAAGCAAGUUAGAGCCAGAGCUCAGAGAAGUUAGACCGCUCCGUUGCCCUGCUAGCUCCACCCUGAAAACAUUUUUUAUGUAUAUAUAUCUUUUUUUUUUUUUUUUUUCUUUCUCCCGACUCCACUACAUCUCACUGACCCCUUAGUCACCCUCAAAUGCCCCUAAGCCCCCCACAUUACCUAUUUUCAUAAGUCCCUGUGGGACACGUCAUCUGCCCACAGUAGAUAGCACUGUGAAAUUGCUGCACAUGCCCAAUUAAAGGGACUCUCCAGUGCCAGGAAAACAAUCUGUUUUCCUGGCACUGCAGGUCCCCCUUUCCCUCCCACCUCCCAUCCCCGGUUGCUGAAGGGGUCAAAACCCUUCAGUGACUUACCAGAGGCAGUGACGAUGUCCCUUGGCGCUGCUUCUUGGUCUGCCCACGCUCCUCCCCGUCACCCGGGGAAAAUGCUUUUCUUAUGGGGAUUUUAGUGAUGCUGGAGGUCUUCACAUAGCGUGAGGACGUCCAGCGACGCUAUAGCACAAAAUCUGUGCUAUAAUCCCGGAAGUGCCCUCUAGUGGCUGUCUAGCAGACAGCCACUAGAGGAGGAGUUAACCCUGCAAGGUAAUUAUUGCCGUUUUUAUAAACUGCAGUAAUUACAGUUGCAGGGUUAAGGGUAGUUGGAGUUGGCACACAAACCACUCCAAUGGGCAGAAGUGGUCUGGGUGCCUGGAGUGUCCCUAUAAACAGAAAGACGAAUGAAUGACUAGAAAUUUAAGAUGAACAAACACUGAAUAUCAGUGUUCGUUCAGUUUAUUACAAGGAGGGAGCUACCGGCACACAGCUCCUUCCUUGUAAUAUGUAACUAUAGAAGCGGCAGGGAACAGUGCUCCCCGCCACUUCCUAAGCCCCCACAUGUCCACCCUUAUUCUAUGCGUGGCGGGUGCAGGCCCUAAAUAACAAUAAGGGGGGGAGACCCUCUGUUCUUCCCCCCCGGCUCCCUACCCCUGCUCGGUGGUUGGGGGCCCUAAAUAACAAUGUGGGGGGACGACGACCUACUAUCCUCCCCCCGGGCCUGCACCCCUGCGCGGUGGGUGGGGGCCUAAAUAACAAUAAGGGGGUGGACACCUACUACCCUCACCGCUGAGCAGUGGAUGGGGGCCAUAAAUAACAAUAAGGGGGGGGACCUAAAUGAGAAUGUGGCCCCCCGGGUCCCCACCCCUGCGCGGUGGGUGGGGGCCCUAAAUAACAAUAGGGGGGUUGGGACCUACUGUCCUUUCCCCCCCCCCCCACCCCUCCCGGGCCCCCUACUUCUGAGCUGCGGGUGGGGGCCCUAAAUAACAAUAAGGGGGAUGACCUACUGUCCUCCACCCCAGCCCCCACCCCUGUGCGGCAGGUGGGGACCCUAAAUAACAAUAAGGGGGGGGGACCUACUGUCCCUGAGCGGUGAGUGGGGGCCCUAAAUGAAAAUCUUCCAAGGUGACUAGGGGUCCCCAAGCCCCCUAGUCACCCCCCCCACCCAAAUAAAAACUAUCCCCUACCUACCCCACUCAACCUAAAAAUAGUGAGGGGGGAAUAAAAUAACUAACCUGUAAAGAAAAAUAAAACUUAGCAUUUGAUGUCUUAUUUUUUUCUAAAAUCUUCAUUUUUCAGCCCUCAAAAAGGCCAAAUAAAAAAAACAUCAUACCCGUCGAACUUAAUUUAAUAAAAUAAAAAACCUGAAGCUAAAAAAAUUAAUCCAUCUUCACCCGUCGAGGGCACGGCGCAGACUUAGCUCCGCAGGGCGGGGAAAGACUUAUAAAGCCUUGCCCCACCCUGCAUUUAGACUCAAAGCACUCUGAUUGGUGGGUUUAAGCCAUCCAAUCAGAGUGCUCUGACAGGUAAGUCUCUACAUUUACCUGUCACAGCACUCUGAUUGGUUGGCUUGAAAUCCAUCCAAUCAGAGUGCUCUGUGUCAUUUUACAAAUGCAACCCUUCCUGCAACACCUGCGAAAUAAAGAAAUACCUUACAGAUGGGGAACCUCAGGAGCGCUUUUCCCCUUACGGAGGGACUGCCCACAGAGUUAACAGCUCCCAAGAGGUUAAAGCCUUGUUAACCACCUUGGGACUCCUGACAACCCCCGACACAACAGGGUUUAAGCAUGUCACAGCUGAAUCCAGCCAACGUGCCGGAGUUUACUCCCUGACUAUCACAGCGAGCGCAAUGGGCCAACGCACCAACAUGAGGAACUUAUCUCAGGGGCGAAACACCGCUUGUCCCUCCUAAGGGAUUGACUUUCCACCAAUACCUACCGUUACUCUUCACCACUGUUUGAGACACCUCAUUUUCUGUUCAGCUCUACUUCUGAUUUUUUAUUUAUUUUACACAUACUAUUCCUUUAUCUAUAUUGCGAUACCUCUAGCAACAUAAGCUAUGUUAACUAUAUAAGAUAUGGUUUACACGCUCUGUCCUUGCCAGUUGCUCAACAUAGCUGAUACACGGUGUGCACUAACUAUGCAGGACAGCUGCUGCUACUCUGAAAAGGGAUUCCUAUAACUCCCUAACCCCCCGUCAGCUGUCAACUCUAUCUAACGAGCCACAUAGUUACAUAUGCAUAAUGCAUAGCAAUACUCGAUAGCCUUUACCCGUGAAGCCAAUGAGGUUACACGGGAUAUAUACUUAGGCUCAAUUAUUGUUUCGGUUAAAAAUAAAUAAAAAAUGCUCAUGUUGCAUGCAGUCUCUUAUAUCAUGAUUUACUCUGUCUGUGGAGCUCACGCUCCUCUGUUUGAUGAUUUCUGUAUAUUCCAUUUUGCUUGAUUCAUGUGCAACAUGACAAAAAUAAAGAAUUUAGAAAAACAAAAAGGGAACUGUGACUUCCCAGAAAUGUUAAUAUUAUCUUAACUUAUCCAUAUACUGAACAAAUAUUUAUUUCUCAAUGUGUGACAAAAUUUAACCCACAACUUUAUCCUUCAAUUGGGAGCCUCCAUCAUAACUGCCUGUCAAUCAUGGUUGCACAUUGUAGGCUAUGCUAGCUUUAGUGUAUCUUUCAUUUUAAAAAUGACAGGAGGGCUUCAUAUUUAGCUUAACUUCCUUUACUGUACUCCCAACAGCAAAGUAUUUACUCAGUAACAUGAAAACCUAUCAUGAAACCGUAAUCCCAACCAAUAGACAUGCCCAUUGAACCUCAUCCGCUUUCUUCGUGACGAUGAAAAGUAACAGUCCAAGUAAAUGACCGGAAAAAAACAGAUAAAUUAAGAAUCUACUGGAACAUGUAGCCUUGUAGAAUAAGAUUCAUCCACUCAUAAACACCGAUGCAAAUGAUGACACUGAAAAACCAAGGACCGAAUCCGUUGAAAAUGACUAAUAAAAUAUUUAAGGGCAAUGUAAAUACAAUACAUAAAACUGAUUUAAGAAUAAAUUCACAUAUAGCAUAUAUAACACAUCAAUAAAAAAAUACUGUUAUGGAAUAAUAUAGGAUGAUUUUUCAACAAACUUUAUACCGAAUAUGAAAAACCUAAAAGACUUACUAUAACUAGGAGGGAAAAUAUUUGUCUCCUGUCAUUUUUAAAGUUAAGAUUAUAGAUACACUAAUGCUAGCACAAUCUACAAUCUUAUUACAUGAAAGAAGGCUUCAUAUUUUGCUUUUUUUAACACUACAAUAAUGCAAAAAAAGCAUGAGAAAUUGGACAAAAUUAAAAGGUAUGAAAAUUGUCUUCCCUGCGCCAGUCCGUGGACAGUGUCUAUUGGAAAUAUUGGGUCCUAAAAUAAAGACUGCCCCAUGCACCAAAUGAAGAAUCCAUGCUGGUGCUGGAUAAAACCCAUCAAAUUCAAUAUGCUCAGUAGAGUCGUCAUAGAGGCAGGUUUAUAGGGUUUGACAUAAGAAACGAAAUGUUCUUAAAAAUAUGUAGGAUUAGGUCAAAGUCGAAUAGUUUAAAACAUUUAGGCUGCGGAGGAUGUGAUAAAGUGAUGUCGCGAACUUCCCGCGAACGGCUCGCCGCGGUUCGUGGCGAGCUCCAGUCAGCUGACACAUCCCGGCCAAUCUCCAGCAGACCCUCCCACCUCCUGGACAGCAUCCAUGUUGAAGCUGCCUUCAACAUGGAUGCUGUCCAGGAGGUGGGAGGGUCUGGGAGGGAGGGUCUGCUGGAGAUUGGCCAGGAUGUGUCAGCUGACCGGAGCUCACCGCGAACCGUUCGUGGGAAGUUCGCGAACGGUUCUCGACAUCUCUAGUGAUAAAGGUAUAUCCCACAUGAGUCUCCUAACAAGAGGGACCUUACCAAUCGGGAUACCAGAAACUGGAACAUAAGCUGCCGGGAUCGGAGAACAAAUUACAUUAAUAGAAAACAAAGAGGAAAGAACAUUUAAAAUGGACAGUAUAGGAGCUGUGAAGGGAUUGAGGUUCCUUUCCAAGCAUCACCUGGUGCAGGAAUGCCAAGCAGAAAGGUAACAUUAUCUGUUACCCAGUGUCCAGGAGUCCUCAGUCCCUCGACAUUCCAGGAUCCCCUGAAAACAUCCAAGCCACCAGAUGUAGGUGGUGUGGAUUUCCCUUGAGCAUUGGGGAUGUCAAAAUCCAGAGAGAGUUCAUGAAGGGCAUUUCCAGCAAAACAGGGAGCCAUGGUUGACUCUGCCAGAAGGGGGUGAUAAGCACUAGUGAUAUUUUCUGGUUCUGUAUCUUUUGAAGCACUCUCGCUAUCAUGGUAAACAGUGGGAAUGCGUAUGCUCCUUGAGCCUGCCACAUUUGAAGAAAGUAGCCCACUGUAGAAUUGACUGAGUUGUCGAUAGUUCCGAGGUGGAAAAAAAGAACCACUGUAAAAGGUCCUCUUUUUUUGGAUUGAAGGAUCAUACAGAAAACCUUGUCCAACAUCCAGUCGCUGGAGUCCCUCCAAUAUCUUUAAAAUCAAUCUGCUGACUGACUGAAUAUGCCUGGAAGGUACUCGACUUGGAGGGAGAUGUUGCGUUGGAAGCUAAAUUGGUAGAUAUCUUUUGAGAUUUCUGAUAGCGUUACGAACCUUGCUCCACCUAGGCGGUUGAUGUUCUCUACCUUCGAUAUAUUGUCCACCUGUAGUAGGAUGCAACAAUUCACCUUGUCACGUGCUAAACUGCGGAUCGCUAAAUAAUCCUCAAUCCGCUCUAGUUGAUGGGUAAUGUGCAUUCGUACGUCGUACUCGAAAUAAAGAGGGGGAGUUUCAGUGGGCAUGUCUAUUUGUUGGGAUUACUGUUUCUUGGUUGGUUCUCUUGUUACAGAGUACAUACUUUGCUGGGCGUACAGUAAAGGAAAUUAAGCAAAAUAUGAAGUCUCCUGUCAUGUAAUACAAGAGUAAAAAAUAGAGUAAAUAAUAGAGAAAACAUACAGCGAAAAGGAGAAACAAAACCAUGCCAUUUCUUCUCUUCAUUUGCAAAGUUUGCCUUGUCUGAACUGGAGUAUCUCAUUUGCUAAAUAUUUUAGUAUGAAAUUAAAAGAAAUGGGAAAAAAGCUGUUCGCAGAAGUUGUGAUUUUUAUUUAUUUUUAUUCCAUGGUGUAAAUUUUAGAAAAGUGACAGUUUCACUUUAACUGGAUUUUGUUUCUGAUUCUCGUUUCUCACUUAUCUCUCAAUCUCUUCUAUUUCUCCCCAAGCUGACCUUGAGCAAUACGAGGUGGAGGAAACACUCUUGGGGAUGAUGAAUGAUGAGUUUGACACACUUGUUGAAGAUGGGAGCCAAUCUUUGGUAAAUAUCGUAUAUGAUCAUUUGUUGGGGGAGGAAGCGGUAAUUGUGAAAUAUUCAGGUAAUUGAAAGGGAGAACUUGGAAAUCAAUGUAUGAAAACAAAAUAGCACAAAAAAAUGUAGCUUGUCAUGUUGACAAAUAUUAUAUAGUUCAGAGCUUUUUCUAUCAUUUUCGCACGAGUGAAUAAUUAUUUAUGUGCUGCCUAAAACCACUUGUGAUAUUAAUCACUCAAAUCUCACCACAAACACCUAUAGGUGACUAGCGCACACUAAAUAAGAAUGCACAAAUGCAUAUAUAUAUAUAUUCCCAUUAUAGAAAUAAAUAUAAAAGCACAUGAUAACAUAGUGUAAUAUGUAUAAACAAUAACCUCAGUGAAGUAUCUCUAAAAUGGCAAACUCUCUCAUUUUCUUGAGCCUAAAUUUAUUGACUCUAGUAUAUAGGCAGAAGAUUCUUGUCGAAACGCGUUGUGCUGAGUUAUUAUUUUGCUUGCUGGUGUUUCCAUUUAUUUGCAGGACCUCUAUAGGAAGAUUGGCAGUUCUGUUCAAUAUCCAAGAGAGUUCUCCUCUAUGCCCUUAUACUUGAGUCAGUAUAUUUAGGCUUGAGAAAGUGCGAGUGUGCCAUUUUAGAAAUAAUUCUGAUAAUUUUUUUCAUACCUAUUACGCCAUAUUAUCAUAUGUAUUUAUAUGAAUAAAUUAAUUUAUUUCCCAUCAAGUGGAUAAUUAAAUUGAAAUGCAUUUGUACAUCUUUAUUUAGUGUGCCAUUCACCUGUUGGUGUUUGUCCGUAGCUUGUCAUGUUAACUACCAGCAGCACUGUUAGGUCAGCAUAUAAAAUUCAGGCUAACACGAUCAGGCCAGAAGAAUGUUGCGUGUGUUUCUGCAUUCCAAACAGAGAAGCCCAUACACGUCUUGGGUUUAUUAAAACAAUAUAUUCCUUAGUGAUGUGCAAUGGAUAAAGAAUUACUAGAAGUGAUAUAUUGCAAUACAACUGGCGUACGUAAAGCUCGCUCACCCAGGUAGAUGUAUGAAACUUAUACAUACAGGAUUCUUUGACUUUUGGGCCUCUUCAGCUUUUAGUUUGUUGUGUGGAAAUUGUCCCUUUGAAAAAAUGAAUUUUCUUAAAGGGAAACUAUCACACCUGAUUUGUCUGCUCGGAAGACGUAUUUGGUAUUCUUUGUGACUGUGCACUUACCGGUUAAUUUCUCUGUCUGGGCCCUGCAGAUUGCUCAGCAGCUCUGCGUGCUCUACUCACAAAGCCAGCGUGGGGAUACAGCGGUCGUGAGAGAAAAGAUUGAUCAGUUGAGUCAGAAAAAGUACAACGUCAAAGCCAACGUCCAGGAAGCAAAGGCUAGUGACGAAGAGGAUGAAAGUAGUGAAGAUGAAGCUGAGGUAAGUGUAUGUCAGUGAGCAAAGUAAAGUCAGCUAUACCUGUGAAACAUGCCUAUCGUUACAUCUUCUGCCUCAGGAGGUCUGGAUCUUAAAGCUGACAAGAGAGUGGCCAUUUGUUUCUUUUUAUUUGCCCAUUUUCUGAUUAGCGACCAUGAUUUGGAUUCAAACUGGUUUCUGAUUGGCUGCUUAUUGUUCUGUUUUGAUAUAUAAAUUUUUUUUUCUGUCUCUCCCUACAAGUCACAUUAUUUGGUUUCUCUCAAAUGCAAAACUUCUUCUAACCUUUUCACACUUUUUGAAUUUGUCUACAACCCCCAACCCCAUCAUUUAUUUAUUAGCAGAAUUUCUAUGUCUGGUGGUUCAGCUUUUCCCAAAAUGCCAAAUAGCUACUAUUUUAACUUUCAUUUGUGUCAUCCAAUACCCCUGAUACAGACCAAGGGAAAUGCACCCAUAAUUCUAAACACACCAGUCCAGUCAUACUGAAUACACCAGCUCCCUUUAAAUGGGCACUUGUGGCACCAUAGCAGUUUCAGUGGUGGUAUGAUGAGAAGCCCCAGACGCCAUCUUGCCUUAAGAGGUUAAACUGCUAAGAGUUUAACCCUGGAGGGCAGGGCCUGACUGCCACGCCGGACAGACGUGCUGUGAGAAAUCUCCUCACUAGUCUUUUAAUAUUGCUGGUUGUCUCCUCUUUUAUGGUACUUUUUAAGAGACUGGUAACUUACUCAAUCCUCAACCCGGCUGGUACAGCGUAGAGUGAUCGGCGACCAUAUUUUUGCUGACACGCAAUCUUCACCCUAUAUAGUGAGACCUAGUGAGCGCAGUGAACAGGAGAUGCAGCCAGUCUCCCAGCCCAGAGCAAUCUGAGCCAACGUGGCAACACGCUGGUGCCCCUUCCCUCCACUUUGGAUCUUCGUGGGUUAUCCUGGGGACGCGAUGCUAUUCAAUUAGAGAUACUCAGCAAAGCGUCAGGGGAGAUGCACUCCACAAUAUCUGGAGUGCAGAAGGUUGCCUACCCCUGAUCUAUCGUGUAGAUUUUUAAAGAUUUUACCUCUAGUGCAAAGCAUCCUCUAUUAAUUGAUAUGUUAAAAUCAAGGCUUUACAUUUCGGCGGAUAAUCCGCAUGUGCAAUUUUUUUUUAUGGUCAUAUUAAAAACACUUUGUUUUCUUCAGUUUGGGAACGUAACUACAUUGGGAAAUGGGAUAUCCCACCCCGAUGAGUUAAUAUCGAUUUCCUUUUCACAAUUCAAAUACCGGAUAACAGGCAUAUAUUUUCACAAACAAUAGGCAGGAAAUGACCUUGCACGUGAAAAUUUACAUCCUAAAUAAUUUGGCAUCCUUCUUUAAACUUGAAAUUCCUAACCCGUGAGUAAUGUAUAAUGCCCACUGUCCUGCGGUAAGGCUGAUCUUAAGGGACAAUUGUCACCUCAAAACAGUUUAACACAAUAAUCUUUUCAUCAAGUUUUGAAAGGAAAUCGUUUUACAAGGCAAUGAUUAUAAAGAAAUCAGAUCUUGGGACUUGAUUUAUCAAACACUGAUUAUAAAUAAAUUGACAACUAGUUGCAAAAUGUAGGGAAACCAAACCUAGAAUUUGAGCUAUAUAUUUGUUCAACAAUACACUAUUAUUCUAUAUUAUAUAUCAUUUUGUCCAGGAAAAAUAGGCCUUUCAUUUUACAUGAAAUAUUUAUAUAUGAAACAUAAUGUAAUCUGAAGGAAAUCUAAAAAAAGUGUUAUAAAUGAAAUGUUAUUUUCAAAGUUCUCAAUGGUAUUUUAACUGUGAAUGUAAUAUUACCAUUAGCUUUUACUGCAAUAAAACAACAUAUUUGUGUUCAGGGAUGCCUCGCAAGAACAAUAGCCCCCCUUGCCUCCCCAUGUACUGGUUUUGUGGGUUUUUGGAAAGUUACAGAGUUAAAUAUAGGGCAUUGCCCAUAUCAGUUUAUACACACUGAAAUUUGCCAGAUUGGUUUGCUGAGCCUAUGCUGCCUUUGAAACACUAUGGCAGCCCAGGAAUGACAAUUGCCACCAUCAUUGCAUAACACUUGUAAAAGUAGACAACCCAGGCUAUUCAAAAUGGGGUAUGUUCGGUCUUUUUAAGUAUCUGCUUAAUCACAAAUCCUGGCCAAAGCUAGUGUUCAGAACUGCUCUUUCAUGGAUCAUAUAUCAACGUCAUUAUACAUUGUACUGCUCUAAAACUCCAUUUGUGUUCAGCGAUGUCUCAUGAGUACAACAGUAUCCUCUAUGUCAAAAGUAGAGGAAAUUUAAUUCAGGCCCCUCAAUAUAUCUUUAAUAAUAAUAAUAAACAAAACAAAAAAAAACACACACUUUGAAUGAAAAGUAGUGUUUUAGUUUACUACGAUUUGGGGUUUAGUGAAUAAACCUGUCAUUUAAGAAAUAAACAUUUUUAGUGUGUUCUGAUAGGAGGCAGCCCUAUUGAACCAAAACUAGAUAACCUUAGGCACUCCAGAUGCUGUGGACUACCUACAUUUCCCAUAAUGCUCCAGUCAUAAUGCUUGCAAAGCAACAGGGAAGAUGUAGUCCACAUUUGGAUUGUCAAAGUUUGCCUACCCUUCCUCUAAGGGAUAAACCAUUUCACAGUCUUAAAUAUUACAUCUUUUAUUUCGGCAUGGUUUUUAGAUUACUGGAGGGAGUUUGCGCUUCUUUGACAUACUGACAGCUCUUUCAAUACAUCAAAUAGAUAACGUAUUAAUUAAGCAAACAAUAUAUAAGCAGAAUUAAACAGGGACUGCAGUUUCCACGACAAUCGAAGGAAGUAGCAGAGUAUUUCAGCCAAUCUCACUAGCAACAGUUUGAUGCAUGAAAUUAAUGACUUGAGUGAUGUAGUUAGACAAAUCUGUGUGCCGUUUGAAAACAGCAUUGAUCCAUAUCCUGUGGCCCUGGCACCGAUUUAAAGAUUAAUUACGGUAUAGUAAGCAUUUUCUUUGUCUUCUACCUAAUGUAUUCUAGCUCGGCAUUAGAAACCAUGGAUUUUCCAAACACGCAUCUCUUAUGAUUGUAUGGUCUUGUACAGGUUAUACAAUCUAAUAGUGGAGUAGAAUAGCGGAAAAUGUAGUCUGUUGGUGGCUUGUAACGUUUUAAUAUACUGGGGAGCUAACGUGUUGAGCUCUGCCUAAUCAACCCCUGACUCAACAAGACAUCACACCCUGCCCAAACUAUGAACCAGUAGAUACACAGAUAACUUAGCAUUUCUUUUUUCUUGCAGAUAUAAUCAUGACCGAAACAACACAUUUGUUUCUAUCACACACUUGUCAUUCAUCUUUGUCACGCCGUUAGAUUUUAUCUUAUUUUUAGCAUUGGACCUAGAAUCUCCAUAAAUUGUAUGAUUUACACGAUAACUGUGCAGUAGUAUAGCUGAGUCAGAACAGACUGUGGAAGAACAGGUGGAAGAGGCGAGGGUAGAAGGCACUCUGUAGGGAGAGAGGUUUACAUGUGUUGACAUCACAAAGAAGUGGAUUUUAGGCUUGGGAGCUGUGACAAACUUUGAUUGGGUAAACAUACCGGCUAAAAAUGAAUUUGAGAUCCAGGUUAAUUAGAAAUCUUUUAUGGAAUCUUGAUUUUUUUUAAAAACCCUAAAGGGGAAAUUUCACUUCUUUAGAAUUUACACCACUGGAAAAUCACCUGUGACCUGUGUUAAACUUGUUUAUCAUGAGAAGCUCUGUUUUCUUUUAAAUUUAUAUUAAUGAUUUGGCAGAUGAUCUCAUAAUCCAGUUUAGACAAGACAAAGCCAGGGUAGACAUUGCAAAUAAAGAAAAAUAGAAACAUUGUUUAAUUUAUCCUCCUCUGUACUGACUGCCAGUUGCUAAGGACAGAUUAUAACAACGAUUGACAGGGAGCCAAGAUAGAGGCACCCAGUUGCAUGAUAAAGAGAUGUGGAUUUCUACAUUUAAAGGGACACUAUAGUCAACAAAACAACUUUAGCUUAAUGAAGCAGUUUUGGUGUAUAGAUCAUGUCCGUGCAGUCUCCCUUCUCAAUCUUCUGCUAUUUAGGAGGUAAAUUACUUUGUUUAUGCAACGCUAGUCAUGCCUCCCUACAUGUAAUGUGCACUGCCUACCUUAAACACUUCCUGUAAAGUGAGCUAUGAUGUUCACACUUCCUUUAUUGCACUGUCUUUUUAAUUUAGAAUGUAUUAUCGCCAGCAUUGCUAAUAGCUUGCUAGACCUUACCGGAGCAUCCUGAUUGUGAUUAAAGUUCAAUUUACAAAGCAGGAGUCAAAAACCUUUAAAGUAAUAUACAUCUGAUUUGAGAAUGAACUCAUUUUUUUUUGGGAUGGAAAAAAGUGAUUUAACUCCUAAUUGGGAGAGAAUUGAGCAGUAAGAUUUCAGAGGCAUGAUCUAUACACCAAAACUGCUUCAUUAAGCUAAAGUUGUUUUCGUGAAUAUAGUGUCCCUUUCAUUUUAUUUUUCACACCUCCGAAAUAGAUAUUUAAGUGUGGAAAUAAGGAAAGAUAAUAUUACAUAUCCUGGGACAUGACAGUAUAUCUUUAAAAGGUUACUCCAAUCACCAUGACAACUUCUGCUUUCUAAAGUGGUCAUAGUGGUAGGAGUCUGCAGCUAUAAACACUGCAAAUCUAGAAUUGACAAUUGUGUACCAGUAGUAAGUUGCACCGUCAGCACACGUGACUUAGGCAGCCCAUCGCUCUGUUCGGGGCUAACUAAUGUCCAUUCUGUGCAUAUUUUACGUCUGUUGUCAGCACUCACUUCACACUGCCGACAUACGUAACAGCUCCACCUGCAAGAGAGAAGCUGAGUAAACCUUUCCCUAUCCCCUCUGCUGUAUUUUUUAUUUCCCCUUCCUCCUCCUUUAUUUCCUCCCUUCAGUCACCAGCUUAGAGCACAUGUAUGUGCUUCGUGCCAGUAAAAUGGUCCAAUCUACGGAAAGCCUUUAACUGUAACUUGGCGCGGCUCACAUGACGUCAGAUGGGGGUGCAACAGGGAGCUUCACCCGGGGCAGGAUUAAGGUGAGUAAAUCUUUUUAUAAAACACUCUUUGAGCAUUUCUUUUGGGCCUGGGAGUUAUAUAAUAAUUCCCAAUAACCACGAAGGUCAUCUAUUUUGUCGGAGAGAUUAUUUCUCAUGACUGAGCCCUUUUUUUGUUGUGUGUGCUUACUAUGGGGUGCGUGUAAACCUCUAUGUAGAGUGUCAACACUUUAGAACUAAAGGAGAACUCUGGCAUUUGCUAAAUAUCCUGUUAUGAACCAAUACAUUCUUAAAAAAGCAUUGCUGUAUUUGGUUAAAAAAAAAUAAUAAUAAUCUUCAGUAAAAUUUUGCCAAUCACAUGGUCAAAAUGUCAAGUACUACACUGCUAAACAAUAGUAAAAUUAACUCCUGAUUGCAAGCCUGGAGGGUCCAGGGCUGAAUUUACAAUGAGUAGUAACAGAGUGUACAUUUUGACCCCUGUUGGUUACAGCGCAGUAAGGUAUUUAUUGCCAGCCGAUUGUUUUACUGGCAGCUAAUGAAAUCACUUCUCCAUUUGCUAGUUUCAUUUUGGUUAAUUCACUGAUGAUUCUAAAAAAGUGUUUGAAUAGGCAGGGUAAGAAUUUUGCGUUCUUCCUUUGUAUUGGUGUCAGGCGUGUGUUAGUACACAGAAUAUAUGGCCCAGUCCAAUUCAAUUAUAAGGGAGCUGUAGAGAUUCUCUCAUCUGAAUAAUUUUGCAAUGGGCCUACAAUUGUUUUUCAAAGUGGUUCUGUUCACCAUUUAUGUGUAAAUGGUCAACUCUCCUUCCAGUAACUUUAAAAACCUCCUUUCUUUAGCAAAUUUAUAGAUAUUUUAGUGGUUGCAGUCUGUGCUGUGGGCUGUGUCAAUGGCCCAGCAUACAGCCAUGCUGUAGUGUGUGUGUGUGUGUGUGUGUGUGUAUAUAUAUACACACACACACACACUACAUAAUGCAUAUAUAUUUUUUAUUAUUAUUAUUGAUUUGAAGGGAUAUAAUGUAUAUACUUGAGUAUAAGUCGGGUUUUUCAGCAAAUUUUUUGUGCUGAAAAACCCAUACUCGAGUCAGUGUCUGUAUUAUGGCAACUUACAUUGCCAUAAUACAGACAAGGACUGCCGGGCUCAUUACAAGCCCGGCGGUCCUAUUGGGGACUAGCAGCGAGGUGUAACUUACCUUUCCUGCAGCUCCCUUCUCCUGCAUUCCAGCAGUCACACCGCGAGACUUACGGUGGGAGCUGACAGGGGAGCUGACCGGAACGCAGGAGAAGGGAGCUGACAGGAGCUGCAGGAAAGGUAAGUUACAGCUCGCUGCCAGCCCCCUUCCUACACAGCCCAUCCACUGGACCACCAGGGAAUGAGAGCCCCCCUCCCUGGCCAGCCAACAAGCAGCGAGGAGGGGACGAAAAAAAAAUGAAAUAAUAAAAAAAAAAAUAUUACAAUAAAAAAAUGUAAACUAAAAAAUUAAAAAUAAUAAAAAUGCCAGUUUUUUUUUGUAUACUGUGCCAACUAAAGUGUUUGAUGUCUCUCUCAUGGUGGAACUUGUAUGGACACACAGAGCAUGUGGAGAUCUUUCUCUCACUGGAGUUUAGAAAUUUGCAACUCAUAACUUCCAACAGAGCAUGGUCUCCCCAUUGUGAUCGAGUGUGUGCAUUUUCUCUCUUAUAAUUUUUCCUUUUACCUCUUAAUACAGGACAUGGAUUGUGAGGCCACAGCGAGCAGCUCGUCUUCUGCACCCAGUGUUUCUGUGCCGGAGGUACCCAGGAAUGACCAAGAGGAGGAAGAGGAGGUAGAUGGGUGGACAGUUGUGCGACGGAAAAAAAAAUGAACCCUAUGGUUUUAACCGUGAGCUUCUUUGGAAUCGCAGCUAGAGGGCGCCCUUUUGCCCACCAUGGAACACAGGGACUAUUUAACUCUGUAGGAGAGUCUACGGGGAAUGCUUGGAACCCUGUAUAACUAACCGCGUUUUCACUUUAGCAACCUGGGACUCUUUGAAGAGCCUUUUGCAGACGUCAACAUUUUUGUGUUUCUUUUUAUGUUUUUAAUUGUGGUCCAUCACCAGGUCACAUGUCUGAAUGUCUCUACCUUCUGGGCAGUGUGCAAGGAUGCUGGGCAGUGUGGCCUAUUCAGAUCUAUCUUUUCCUUAUUUUGCAUUUGGGGUGGCUAUGCAUUCAGUUGCUUUCGUACUUACGGAGAUGGGGUUUUCCACCCUGCUACACACUUCUCAUUAAUAUGAACUUCCUAUCUUAAAAUGUGUAUCCAAUGUGUAAACCUUUCUUUUUUAAGAAUUUCACAAAACAUGAACAACUUCUAAAGUAAGUGAAUAUGUCCAUCAGAGAUUUCAUGUAAGAGAAUGUGUCAAACUGUUGUGUCCCCAGUUCCUGUCUGUGCCGGAGAUGCACCAAAUAUAAUGUUCUGUGUGUGAUGGGCUAAAUAUUGUGUUGUGAAAUUAGAUAAACUACAUUUUGAGGUCAGUGACAGGAAACACGAUGCAAAUUUUGUGUCGUGGUUUCAGGUUUCUGCACCGAGAGGAUGUCCUGUUACUGGAGGCUGAGGAGGAUGUUCUAAACUAAAGUGGUUUUUCAAAAGAAGAUACAUGCCAAUAUGGUGCUGACGUGCUUUGUACAGUUUGGUAAAAUAAACAGUAUGGCUGAUGUUUUACAUGCUCUUGUGUAAUA